AGAGACGAAUGGAGCCGAUAGGACGCGGUGUGGUAAAUGACGAAUGUCCAACUACGACGACAUAACAGGGCUGCCCGCCCGAGGUGCAGAAUUUAUUCAGGAAAUACCGACAGCUUGCAUCAUAGGCUUGACCGACGACCGCUUUUUACUCCGCUUAAGGGUAUCGCAUUCGACUCGGGCGGGCAAGAAACGUGCCCUGUUUAAGUGGUAGCAAAAGUUUAUAAGACCGAGGGACACGCACGACGCGCUUUUAGUUUCGCAUUAGAACCGACGUUCGCCACGUGGAACAUCCGUCCAACGGAGGAUCCGAAAUCAUGUUCAGAUUACUGAUCCCGUGCCUGAUAUGGCUGUCGAGCGUUCGCUCGGAGACGAGCGUGAGCAUGCACAUGCCGGAGGGCAUGAUGGAGGACAAAGCGGCGAUGAAAAGGGAGUCGUACUAUAACCCGUGCCCUCCGACGUACGCGCACCCGAUCUCGUACUCGCCGCCACCGCAGAUUUACGUGAAACCGUACGUGCAGCAGGCCCCGUUACAGUACAUCCCGAAACCGAGCAUCACCUACGUGAAACCGUCUCCACCCCCCGUGAUCGUGCCGCCCGUCGUCAAGCCAGCCCCGGUAAUCGUGAAACCGAUCGCCCAGCCGAAAGUGGUUUACCCGAUCUACCAGAAACCCAUGAUAUCGUACGCGCCUAUCUACCAGAAGCCCGUCUACUACGCGCCCAUGUACCAGAAGCUCAUGUACCAGGCGCCCAAGGUUUACCUGAAGAAAUACGAAUUGCCUGCGAUCACCCAAGUGAUCGCCCAGAAACCGCAGGUCUCCUAUCCGAUCCAGUAUCACGAGCCGAAGGUGGUCCAAGUGCCCGCGCCCCAGAUCAAUUACGUGAAGCUCGCCCAACCGAUCGUCCAUUCCCCGCCUGUCUACCAAUCGGCCAUAAAACCGUACUGCCCCUAA